UGCUGGCUGCUGGCGGAGCAGCUGGUGGAGGAGCCGGCUGGUGGGGUGCAAGCGACGGUGACGGUGGUAACAAUAGCAGCCCCUGGUCGUGGAGAGCCUACUGUGCGCUGCCAAGCCCUGCAAGUACUGAGCGGGAAGACGGGGGACCACUGCGGGCUGAGUGGCCACUCUUGCUAGUCUGUUUCCAGGUCUGGCGGGGGGCCGGGCGGCGGUGGCGGCGGCAGUGGGAGAUGCCCGGGUGGCCCGCGGAGGUCCAUGUGGCGCUCUAGGUGGGAUGCCGGCGUCCUGAAGGCGGAGGCCCUGGCCCUCCUUCCCUGCGGCCUGGGCAUGGCGUUCUCCCAGUCCCACGUGAUGGCUGCUCGGCGGCACCAGCACAGCCGGCUCAUCGUCGAGGUGGACGAGUACAGCUCCAACCCCACCCAGGCCUUCACCUUCUACAACAUCAACCAGGGCCGCUUCCAGCCGCCGCACGUGCAGAUGGUGGAUCCAGUGCCUCACGACGCGCCUAAGCCACCUGGCUAUACCCGCUUUGUCUGUGUCUCUGACACCCACUCGAGGACGGACCCCAUCCAGAUGCCCUAUGGUGACGUGCUGAUCCACGCUGGGGACUUCACUGAGCUAGGGCUCCCGAGCGAGGUGAAGAAGUUCAACGAGUGGCUGGGUAGGUCCCACCUGCCAGGGCGUGCUGAGCAGUUCACGAGCUCCUGCUGGCAAGAACACCAGGCCCGAAUUCUGCUGCUGUCCCUGAGUGACAGCCAUGCCUGCAAGAGCUGUCGGUGCCAGGGUGCCCGCUGGAACGGAGCCUUCCGUAUUCGGGUGCAGGUGGAGCUGAGGGGGGUCCC